AGGCAGAGGAGCUGUACCAGCGGCGGGUGUUGACCAUCACAGGCAUCUGUGUGGCACUUUUGGUAGUGGGCAUGGUGUGUGUGGUGGCAUACUGCAAAACCAAGUACGUACUGGUACUGUACAGAGCCCACCCAGCCGGGCAGAACUGGUUGAAAUGACGUCAUUGUGACAUCAUUUCAACCAGUUCUUCACAGAGCCCAGGAGGCAUUCACUGACUGCCAAUGAUCACAGCUAUAAUGUCACAGUCGGAAAUUAAGCUUUCAAACUUCUUAGAUGAGCUUUACUAACUAAUUAUUUAAAAAAAUAAACGUCUUAAUGUUUGAAGCCGGAUAUUUCGAUGACAGACAGAACAGAAUUUGUAAAAUUACUGCAUUCCUGUCGAACUGUAGUUUGUAUUUAUAUACAUUUUCCUAUCAACUUUUUCUAUUCUUAUCUACUAUCUUUCUCAAUGUAUUCUAUAACAAUAACACAUUACACUUUUUCUUGCGUAUGUCCUACAGGAAACAGAGGAAGAAGAUACAUGGCCACCUGAACCAGAACGUGAACCAGAACCAGUGUGUGGAGCAGCCCAACCGCAUGCUGGCUAACGGACCCAACCACCCCGGGCCAGGCCCUGAGGAGAUCCCCAUGGUGGACGUGAGUCACUACGGCCCCGUACACACUCAGGUUGUACAACUGAUGUACAACGCAUUUGACACAACGGUUGUGAUACAACGGUUAUUUCUGUUAUACUACAGAGAGUUUGUCUACACAAAGAAAUGUACACAACCAUUGUCCGGUGUCUCGACAACCGCUGUGUAAAGAAUUUUGCGCAGACAAACCUUCCUUUGGAUCACCAUUUCUUUGUCAAAUGCAUUGUACACCAGUUGUACAAACUGAGUGUGUACAGGGCCUACAAGAUACCUCAGGCUCAGAAACAGAUUUGUUUUGAUUGUAACGGGUGUUAUAACACGUCCUUAUUCCAGUUUGGCCUGAAGCCUGCUGACACAGCAUACAGUAUGUCUAGAGUCAGGACUGUCUGCAAGCCUUGGGAUAGAGAGACAGAUUGCCAUAUCGCCCAUGCCUAUACAGCUCCCACAAUACAUAUCUCUCUCUUCCUUUCACAGUACAUCUCAAAGAACGCUCCUACCACAGAAUGUAGUGUAAUACAGCAUGGACCAGAAGAAGCCGUAAACUACGCAGCAAGCCGAAUAUCCACCAGAUCCCACCACUCAUCUACAGUCUCCCACAACUCCAGGUGCUGAAGUAACACACAGAAACAUAGACACACACACACACACACACAGACACAGACACACACACACACACAAGCACACACACGUCAGGGCAUUUCUGCGAAUCAGAAAUGUCACAAAGCCCUCUCGUUACUUCCUUCCGUCUCUCUCUCCCUGUAGACACGAGGAGCGGACCUGGAGUAUAGAGAGGACAGACAGUAUGAACUCAGACUGCCAGUCGGGGGCGCUCUCCUCGUCUGUGGGCACCAGUAAAUGCAGCAGCCCGACCUGCAUGGAGGCACGGGCACGGAGGGCCACCUACUGGGGCUGUUCUGAGGGAGCCAGCCUGCAGUAUGGAGACUCCUACGACUCUCUGAGAGACUCACCUCAUAGUGACAGGUGGGACGACUAGUGUGAAUGUUCGCCCACGAUUUGUAAUUGUAAACAACCACAAAAUUAGUACUUGUCUACUGUCUCAGAUCUGGGCCUCUGAACCAGAUUUAAGACAGUUUGUGUGUCUCCAUUUCCCCCUCCCCACAGGUAUGUGUCAGCGUUGACCACGCCAGCCCGUCUGUCACCCGUUGAGUUCCACUACCCCCCACUGCCCCCCCAAGUACCCACCUUCCAAAUCACAUCCCCCAACACGGGCCACGCCCUCGCCCUGUCGCCCGCCGCCGCAGCCUACCACCGGGAGGACGACCAGCCCUUGCUGAGAUGCCCCCAGGUAAUCACUGGAGUAGGUAGUGUAAGAUGUUGUUAGUUGUAGACUAGAGUAGGUAGUGUAAGAUGUUGUUAGUUGUAGACUAGAGUAGGUAGUGUAAGAUGUUGUUAGUUGUGGACAGGGCCGGCUCCAGACAUUAGCGAAAUAAGCAGUCCCUUAGGGCCCCAUGGCGCUAGGCGGCCCCCAAAAUAAAAACACUCAGUCAGGGUCUCAACUUACAGUUGAGAGUUAAAAUAGUAGAAUACACAAGGUGCAAGUUUGAAAUUUGGUUGUGCAUCAGCAAUUGUUCUCUUGUUGUAAGUCACUGCCAGACACUCAGCUAACAAUCUUUUGAUUGGUAAGUUAGUCUAGCCAGCUAUCUAAUCAUGGCAGAAUACAGAUCAGGCACGCAGGGCAGUCACUCAGAUAUCAUUAACAUGGUAUAGCAUGGCAAAAUGUCUGGAAUUGCAGGAAAUUUCCUUUAAAACUGAAAUAAAUUAUCUCCACCCUUUGGCAAAAUGGGUAGAAUUGCAGGAAAUUCACUUUAAAACAAAAACAUUUCUCUCCACCGUCAAGAGGGUGGCCCACUAAAAGGAUAGAGCCGUAGUGUAUGAUGUUGUUUGUUGUAGACUAGAGUGUCUCGUGUGUGACGUUCUCUGUUUCUGUCCCUGCAGGAUGGACGGUUGUACCGGCAGCCCCGUCGCCCGCGCCAACCCUACCUGACAGAGAGCACGGGCAGCCUUCCAUCCAGCCCAUACCAUCUCCCUGACGACGAGGCCUACGAGACCACGCAGGAGUACGCCUCCUCCCGUGAGCCAAUCAAGAGCCGCCGGCGCCCGCGUCGGAACCGCCUCAAUGGACAUGUCUCCCAGCGUGCAAUGGGCCUACGGGACUACAGCUCUCAGAGCUUCAGCCAAUCAGAGGAGGAGGAGGAGGAAGAGGAGGGGCACGGGGAGAGCACGCCUUUCCUCAGUAUGCAGAACAUGAACAUGGAGCCAUGCGAGCGUGGGUACCGAUCAUCUACUGCCCCUGCCCCCACCGCCGACAUACGGACUCACCGGGCGCAGGGGCGGCCAAGCACCCGCAGCAACGGACACAGUAAAAGCUCCCAGUCGCGCUCCUCCAAACAUGACAACGCACCCCUU